GUCAUUAAUUAGGAAAAGAAAAAUAUCACCAACCAGUCAUGUGCAUCGCACAAGAUUCGCAACCAUAAAUAUGUGAACAUCAAAUUGAAAGCACACAUACCCCCACCCCAACCCAAGUACCCGAGAUGGAAUCCGACCCGACCCAAAUAACCGACGACUUCCCCCCCUUCUUCCGAGUUCACAGCAGCGGCCGCAUCGAGAGAUACAUGAACCACGAGUUCGCCCCUGCCGGCCACGACCCCCAAACCGACGUCGUAUCCAAGGACGUCGCCAUCUCGCACGUCUCCGUCAGGUUAUACCUCCCCAACCCCAAAACCUCCCCCUCCGAUCCCAAACCCCCGCUCAUCUUCUACAUCCACGGCGGCGGCUUCUGCAUCGAAUCCGCCUUCUCCUCAUCUUACCACCGCCACCUCAACGCCCUCGCCUCCCAAUCCCGAUCCCUCGUCGUCUCCGUCGAGUACAGGCUCGCCCCGGAGCAUCCCAUCCCGGCCUGCUACGACGACUCCUUCGCCGCCCUCAAAUGGGUCGACUCCCACACCCGCCCCGGCCAAGGGCCCGACCCCUGGAUCAACGACCACGCUGAUCUCCAGCGCGUGUUCCUCGCCGGCGACAGCGCCGGCGCCAACAUCGCGCACAACACGCUGGUUCGGGCCAGGAGCGACGGCAGGUUCGGGCUUGGAUUUUCGGGCCUCGUCCUGAUCCACCCCUUCUUCGGGCUUGGGAAGCCCGAUAGAGUGUGGGAUUAUGUCUGCCCCGGGUCGGCCGGGCCGGAUGACCCGCGGCUGCACCCGAUGGCCCACCCGGAUGUGUUGUCAGGUCUGGGUUGCGGUAAGGUGCUGGUUUGCGUGGCGGAGAAGGAUUUCUUGAGGAGCAGGGGAUCGAGCUAUUACCAGAGCUUGAAGAAGAGUGAUUGGAACGGCGUCGUAGAGAUCUUCGAGACGCCUGGGGAGCAGCACGUGUUUCAUUUGUUCAAUCCCACGUGCGACAACGCUGCGUCGUUGCUCACCAGGAUUGCUGAGUUUCUCAAUUCUGGAGUUCGUGUGCUGUCGCAUGUUUAGCUUCCAUGAUGCCUUUUCUCAAUAAAGAUUAAACUAUUAAAUUAGAUAAGCUUACAACAACUCCAUCAUAUCUAUAAAUUAAUCUGCCUCGUCUUUCUGAAUCACAUAAUCAACCAAUUACCUAAAUUCCUCUACUUUUCUCAUUCAACUCAACAAUGGCGGACUCGGACGAAAUACUCAUCGAUUUCCCCACAACACUCGGAGCCUACAAGAGCGGCCGAGUUGAGAGAUUAGGCGGCAAUUAUUUCGUUCCUCCGUCUCUCGAUCCAGCGACGGGGUCCAAUCCAAAGACGUCGAGAUCGCGCCGGAGAUCAACCUCUCCGCCCGCAUUUACCUGCCGGCAAACGCCGACCGGAACAAAAAGCUCCCGCUCCUCGUCUUCUUCCACGGCGGCGCUUUCGUCAUUGAAUCCGCCUUCUCACCGCUCUAUCAAAAGCACCUCAAUCACUUGGUCGCACAAGCCAACGCAGUCGCCGUGUCAGUAAACUACCGAUUAGCCCCCGAGUUCCCGCUGCCGAUCGCGUUCGAGGACUCGUGGCACGCUCUCAAAUGGACUGCUGAGGGCAAGGAGGGAUGGAUUAAGGAAUUCGCCGAUCUGAAUCGCGUGUACCUAGGCGGAGACAGCGCCGGCGCCAACAUCGCACACAACAUCGCCGUGCGGGUCGGGUCGGAGAAUCCGGAGGGGUUGACUGUGCGUGGAUUGUUUCUGAAUUGCCCCUAUUUCGGGGGUGUGGAUCCGAUCGGGACUGAAACUGCGGAGGAGAACAAGUUUUGGAAGGAAAUUAACGAUAAAAUGUGGGGAUUGGUGUGCUCGGAUUUGGAUUCGGCGUGGGUGAAUCCGGGUAAGGAUCCGAAGAUAUCGGGUUUGGGUUGCGGAAAGGUGCUGGUGUAUGUUGGGGGGAAGGAUUUUCUGAAGGAGAGAGGGUGGUAUUACAAGGAGGUGGUGAGCAAGAGUGGGUGGAAUGGAGAAAUUGAAUGUGUAGAAGUUGCAGGUGAGGAUCAUGUUUUCAGUGUGUUCAAUCCAGAAGUUGAGAAUGGCAUUGCUAUGAUAAAAAAAGUGGCUUCAUUGAUCAAUCAUUAAUUUAGGAGUUUAUUAACAUACAGCUUGUUUCAUAUUUCUGUAUCAUUAUUUAUACUGUUGUACAUACUAUCUUUUACCAAUAUUAGAUGUUUUAAAUUAUUCUA